AUGGCACUGCUCUAUAUCAAGAACAUUAUCUUUCCGGCAAAGAAACAAACUGCCUUGUUACCAUCUUUCAAACAGCAACAACAAUACGGCUCUUGUGACUCGGCAUCAGAGAUAUCUCAAGCUGGUUCUGACACCUCGACAUUGAGAAGCGAGGCUGGGAGCUCUUCAUCUUCGUUCCGUGUAGACCCCCGUAUCAUCUCAGAUGCUACUAUCGGUCUAUCAGACGGCCUCACAGUACCAUUUGCCCUCACAGCCGGCCUCUCGGCACUCGGAGACACAAAACUCGUUAUCUAUGGCGGACUCGCAGAACUCAUAGCUGGUGCGAUAAGCAUGGGACUCGGAGGAUAUCUAGGCGGCGUUAGCGAGGCACAAUCUUACGCAGCCACACUAGCGGAAACACAAAAGACCGUAACUCAAGACCCGAAAGAAGCAAACCAGAUCAUAAAAUCGACAUUCCACUCCUACGGUCUCUCCGAAGAUGUUCUCGACGCUUUCGCUACACAAAUCAGCUCUUGUCCAAAGAAAUCGGAAAACUUCAUUAUGCGUUUCCAUCACGAUCUUCCAGAGUCGCAGGCAGAUAUGUCACGAGCCUAUAUUUCAGCAUUGACGAUUGCUCUUGGCUAUUUUUUGGGUGGUCUGGUACCUCUUACACCUUACUUUUUCGUAAGCGACAACCAGACCGCUUUAUGCUGGAGUAUUGGUGUAAUGGCUUUUGCUCUGUUCGUCUUUGGCUAUGUCAAGACUUUCUUGGUUGGCGAGGAGAAGCGGUUACUCUGUGUAAAAGCGGGUGUUCAGAUGAUGGUCCUGGGUGGUGUUGCUGCUGCUGCGGCCAUGGGCUGUGUCAAGGCGAUAGGAUCGUAA